AUGUCACUGUCCUUCGUUUCUUCCCCUUCCUUCCGUCCCUUCUCCACAGCUCGUCCUCCCGUCAAAUUUCCAACGCCCGGGAAACUCCGCCCGCCUCGCCCGCCCGCCGCCGCCUUGCGAGCGAGCUCUACUCGCGGCGAAUCGGACGGGUUCACGCAGAAGUCCGGGUACUUGUUCGAGCUCAGUACCAGCGACGCCAACGCGCUGGUCGAUUACAACAUCAAGAGGAUCGCGGCGAUAUACAGGAGGAAGCCGUUGAUUGUCGUUCGGAGGUUGGUUCAGCUCGCCGUCACUUUUGGCCGGUGGUUCGGUGCUCGGUUUGUGGAUGAGCUGACUGAGAAGUCUGAUGAAAUGUUCGAGGUCAGAGCUGCGGAGCUUAGGAGGAUACUCCAGGAACUUGGCCCUGCUUACGUCAAAAUUGCUCAGGCUGUUUCUUCCCGAUCCGAUUUGAUACCGCCAUCAUAUCUUGAUCAGCUCUCGUUAUUGCAAGAUCGGAUAGCUCCUUUUUCCACAGAUGUUGCUUUGAAGACAAUAGAAAAGGAGCUUGGACUACCCAUCGACUUGGUAUUUUCUGAGAUAUCUCCGGAGCCUAUAGCUGCAGCUUCACUUGGACAGGUCUAUCAAGCAAGGCUUCGCAGCAGUGGUCAGCUUGUUGCUGUGAAAGUGCAGAGGCCAGGGGUUCAAGCUGCCAUUUCCCUGGACAUAUUGAUCCUUCGUUAUGUUGCUGGGAUAAUAAAGAUACUUGGGAAAUUCAACUCUGAUCUUCAGGCAGUUAUUGAUGAGUGGGCAUCAAGUCUUUUUCGGGAGAUGGACUACGUGAAUGAGGCGAGAAAUGGAAUCAAGUUUAGAGAGCUAUAUGGUGACAUAAAAGACGUUGUCGUUCCAGAAAUGUAUCAGGAGUACACAACUCGCAAAGUGAUUGUGAUGGAAUGGAUUGAGGGGCAGAAAUUGGUUGAAGUGAAAGAUUUAUACUUGGUUGAGGUGGGAGUUUACUGUUCAUUCAGGCAACUUUUGGAGUGUGGAUUUUAUCAUGCUGAUCCGCAUCCUGGAAACCUCCUCCGUACAGAUGAUGGGAAACUUGCUUAUCUAGAUUUCGGUAUGAUGGGUGAAUUCAGAAAAGAACUCCAGCUUGGAUUUAUUGAAGCUUGCCUCCAUCUUGUUAAUCGCGAUUAUGAUGCAUUGUCCGAGGACUUUGUCACCCUGGGGUUUCUUCCACCAACUGCAGACAGGGAGGCUGUUACAAAUGCCUUAACAGGUGUCUUCAAGGAUGCCAUCGCCAAAGGAAUUCGUAAUAUAAGUUUUGGAGAUCUUUCAGGAAAUUUGGGGUUUACGAUGUACAAGUUCAAGUUUCAGAUACCUUCAUAUUUUUCGCUUGUUAUUCGGAGUCUUGCAGUUUUGGAGGGAAUUGCUAUCAGUUUUGACCCCAAUUACAAAGUGUUGGGUAGCACGUAUCCAUGGAUUGCUAGAAAAGUACUAACUGAUAGCUCGCCUGAGUUGAAGUCUUCCUUGAUAUCUGUUCUGUACAAGGAUGGUGUCUUCAGAAUAGAUCGAUUGGAAUCUCUAAUUUCAGAGUCCCUCCGUGCCGAAACAAAGAAAGCCUUAGUUAAGCAACCAGUAGAAGCAGCAGGCUCGAAAGUGGUUAUGAAGCAACUUCUUUCUUUCACAUUAACCGAGAAGGGUUCUUUUAUUAGGGAAAUACUUCUUCAAGAAGUUGCCAAGGGUUUGGAUGCACUCGGACUUGCGACUAUGGAUUCUGUAGCCUCCGGCGCUGCUGCUAGGAUACCUUUUGCAGCAUCCCUGUCGCUGUCCUCAAUGACCGAGGAAGAUAGAAUGAACUUGAUAGUCUUGCGUCGCCUUUCCCUGUUAUUGUCUGGAGGUGUAAAGAAGGCAAGUACCAACACGGAAGUUACAGCCAUUACAUCAUCCACAAAUGGGAUGGCGCCAACAUCUCUGGUCUUGUAUCAGCUUCCACCAGUUCAAGAGAUCAUGCCCAUCCUCUCAGUAAUCACCGAGCUCCCACAAGAAUCGCAGCAGCAGUUACUUUCUGUGCCAGUUGAUUUGUUCGGAAGGUUACUUUCUCGUGCCACUGCUCGGACCAUACGGAGAGUGUUCCUUUAA